AUGUCGGCCAACUACUGGGACUCGACGCAGCGGCGCUAUUGGCUCUUUACCAAGGACCAAUUGAACACGAUGCGCACCAAGCUCGAGGAAGACAAUGGCGAUCUGGUGCGCAUGUUUCCUCUGUCGCAGCCCCGGCACCUCGCCAUCUUCUUCAACCAACAGCUCAUCCGCCUCGGCAAGCGCCUCACGAUCCGCCAGCAGGCCAUGGCCACGGCCCAGGUCUACCUCAAGCGUUUCUACUCGCGCGUCGAGAUCCGCCGCACGAACCCGUACCUCGUCAUCACAACGGCCAUCUACCUCGCCUGCAAGAUGGAGGAGUCGCCGCAGCAUAUCCGCCUAAUCGUAACCGAGGCGCGCCAGCUCUGGCAGGACUUCAUCGGCCUCGACACCUCGCGCAUCGGCGAGUGCGAGUUCUUUCUCAUAUCCGAGAUGAGCUCCCAGCUCAUUGUCCACCAGCCCUACCGCACCCUCACCUCGCUCCGCAGUGAGCUGGCCCUCGUCGACGAGGAUGUCCAGCUUGCCAAGUCGGUCAUCAACGACCACUAUAUGACCGACCUGCCGCUACUCUUCCCUCCGCAUAUCAUUGCGCUCGUCGCCAUCCUGCUGGCAUUGGUUCUGCGGCCGAACUCAGUCGCCCCUGGGCAGCAGGGUGCUGGCGCGGCGGCCGCAGCGGGGCUGGCGGCCGCGCAGGCCGCGCUCAGCCAGGCGCAGGGUGGUGGUGUCAUGAUGCCAGGAGGAGGCGGCAUUGCCGGUUUACCGCCGCCCCCGCCGCCGGUUGUCUCCGGGCAGGAGGCGCGUGAGAAGCAGCAGGAGGCGCGCAUCACCCGGGUGCAGCACUUUGCGGCGUGGCUGGCCGAGAGUACGGUCGACAUUGCGUCUAUGGUGGAUGCGACUCAGGAGAUUAUCUCGUUUUACGAGUGCUACGAAAAGUACAAUGAGAAGCUGACGAGGGAGCAAAUCAAUCGUUUUGUCAAGGCAGGCAGCUUGGAUCGGUAG